CGAAUAAGAACGCAACAAUAGCAAGCUUUUGGUUUUCAGAUUUAUUAUUCCGAAAUCACGUAUUGAUCUUCGCUUUUUGCAUUUUACGUCUUCAAAUUCAGUUUCAAAUAGUUACUUCUCUCAAUUUUGAAGACUUCAAAGGUAAUACUUGAAGAAGAAGAAGAAGAUGGAGAAAUUGAGGAAUAUAUUAAUGCCGAAACCUAAUCCGCAACAGUUAUUACGCGAUUGGCAACGUCGUCUCCGGCAAGAGUGUCGCAAUAUCGAACGUCAAAUUCGUGAUAUACAACGAGAAGAGAAAAAUGUUCAGAAAGCAAUCCGAGAAGCUGCGAAAAGAAAUGAUAUGGGCUCUGCUAGGGCACUUGCUAUGGAAAUUGUGAGAUCUAGAAAAACUGUGAAUCGGCUCUACGAAAAUAAAGCUCAAUUAAAUUCCAUAUCAAUGCAUCUAGGAGAAAGUGUUGCUAUUGCUCGAACAGUAGGGCAUCUAUCAAAAAGUGCUGAAGUCAUGAAGAUUGUUAACGACCUAAUGAGAGCUCCACAAAUGGCUGUCACGAUGCAAGAAUUCAACAAAGAAAUGAUCAAAGCUGGAGUGAUUGAAGAGAUGGUGAAUGAUGCUGUUGAUUCUGCAUUGGAUACAGAUGACAUGGAAGGUGAGAUUGAAGAAGAGGUUGAUAAGGUGUUAACCUCCAUAGCCGGUGAGACUGCUGCACAGCUUCCAGAAGCCGCCAGGAAGGAGCGGCUGAAGCAACCUGCCACUAUCGCUCAGGAUGAUGGUGUUGAUGAUGAGGAAUUAGAAGAAAUCAGGGCUCGCCUUGCCAAAGUUCGGUCGUGAUGGACCUGAGAGUUUGGGAAUUUUUAGCAGAAAAGCUGAUAGCUGGUAGAGGGAGCCAGAGAAGUUGAUAGAUAUAAAACCUUUUUUAAAAUGAAAAAAUGUUACACAAACCUCAAAUAAGGAUGAAAAUUGCAAAAAUCGGCUACAUUAGGAGACCAAAAAUGUAAUUUACUCUUUUGUUUAUUAAUACUUGAGUUUGGGUGUAGUAGAAAUGGAGUUUAUGUAAAGAUUAUGAG